UCUGUUCUAAAUUGCAGAUCUCAGACGAAUCCUAUCAUGUGUUAAAGCAUUUAAUCUCCUCUUCACUGCAGAAAGCGUCUCGAUGGCGGUUGAGGAGUCGCUGGUUGCAUAAUUAGCUGCUGCUUUAGUGGAACCAGAUGCCGGUUGAAUUGAAUGAGAAACCUUUGUGCACAUUAAUCCACCUUCUGUCUUCUGAAACUCGUUUUGUAUUGUGUGUGUUUCUUCAGCAGCCGGGGGGCCGGUUCUGCGGAGAUGGAUCCCGUUCUGUCGAAGCCUCGGUUCCACCUGGACCUCUGGCUCGGCUUCACCGUCCACAACUGGGUCCUGGAUGUAGGCCGGCCUGUUGUCAUGCUGGUUCUCCCUACAGACUGGUUUCCUCUGAACCGUCCCGGUGCUGCAGAAUUCCUCCACAUCCUGUACAACAUCAGCACACCGCUCAUCCUGCUCCAAAUGCUUGAACGUAGCCCCCGGAGGUUUCCCCGCCUUGGCAUCCACCUAGGCAUCAUCGCUGUUGUCAUGGGAACCAGCCUCCACCUGGCCGCCGACUCCAUCACCCGACGGCUCGUGCUGAUUGGCUACCAGCUGCACCUGUCGAUCAGAGAGAAUCCAGUCAUGACGAGCCUCAAACCGCCGUCCAUGGUGGAUUUCUUUGAGCUUCUGUGUUUCUAUGAGGACACUCUUGGUCAUCUGAUGUGGUAUGUUCCUCUCUUCCUCGUCCUCUUCCUCUUCUUCAGUGGUUGUUUCAGUCACAGGAAACAAGUGGAGAAGAUGCCGCUGACAGCUUGGAUGCUGCUUGUCCCGAGUGCCACCUACUACUGGUACCUGAUCACUGAGGGACAGACCUUCAUCCUCUUCAUCUUCACCUUCUUCGCCAUGACCGCCACAGUGAUGCACCAGAGGAGGCGGGGCUUGGCACCCGACUGUAACGGCCUCUUCUUGCUCUACAGUUUCUCUGUGGCUCUGUUCCUGGUGGCGGUCUGGGUGGCCUAUCUGUGGAGCGAUGGCGUCCUGAGGAAGAAGCACCCCGGGCUGAUCUACAUCCCACAGCCGCGUGCCGUAUACACACUCCACCUGCGUCAGGACACCCAGACAUAACAAGAAGCCUGCUUCCUCCAGCAGAAGUUCACUGACUCAAUAUGUCACUUUAAUCCGACCGCAUGCAGGUGGAACCAGACGCUCUGCUCUGCCGCUAUCACGCCUUCAAGUACAAAUAAUGUAUUUUCUCCGCUCUGGUUGUGACUUUCAAAUGUUGUACUGGCAAAAAAAAUUUCAGGAUGUGAUCACAAAGGGGGGCAAGAAUGACUCAGAUCGCCCCCCGGGCUGUCUGGACCUAGUGCAGCCUAAAUAUAUUGCAACUUUUAAGAAAGCUUUGGAAAAUGUGAAGUGAGUCACAUUGCACUGCAGCAAAA